CUGUGUGGGUUUCUUUACACUCCCUGGCAGGCUGGGUGCCGCCUCCCUCGCCUGCCUGCCCGCCCGCCUGGGAAAGUGGGUUAGGGAGGGAAGGAGCUCAGCUCAGACACUGGCAAAGGAGCAUCCAGCCACACGGAGAAGAACACCUUCCUUUUGCAGCUUUCUCUUCAUCUUUUCUAGAGGGUUUUAUAUUUGCACUCUCUCCUUUCAGAUUGGGUUCGUUUGACUUUCCCCCCACCCCUGCUUGGGUUUUUAUGCGGGCUUUGUUAAGUCUUAGAGGGAAGAGAGACUGAGCCAGGGAAAGAGAGGCAAAGUGGAAAGGAGCACAAACUGGCAAAGCCCGUUCUGCCUUGGCUGUUGAUGAAAGCCCUGUGUUUGUAAAGCCCUCUCGGCGUGAGCAGCACGCACACACCCUCCAGAGUACACCGCGGACCUGCACCUCGGCGUGGCCACCAUGGUCGGCAGAGUUCAGCCUGAUCGGAAACAGUUGCCACUAGUCCUACUGAGAUUGCUCUGCCUUCUUCCCACAGGACUGCCUGUUCGCAGCGUGGAUUUUAACCGAGGCACGGACAACAUCACCGUGAGGCAGGGGGACACAGCCAUCCUCAGGUGUGUUGUAGAAGACAAGAACUCGAAGGUGGCCUGGUUGAACCGUUCUGGCAUCAUUUUUGCUGGGCAUGACAAGUGGUCUCUGGACCCUCGGGUUGAGCUGGAGAAACGCCAUUCUCUGGAAUACAGCCUCCGAAUCCAGAAGGUGGACGUCUAUGAUGAGGGUUCCUAUACUUGCUCGGUUCAGACACAGCAUGAGCCCAAGACCUCCCAAGUUUACUUGAUCGUGCAAGUUCCACCAAAGAUCUCCAACAUCUCUUCGGAUGUCACUGUGAAUGAGGGCAGCAAUGUAACCCUGGUCUGCAUGGCCAAUGGCCGUCCUGAACCUGUGAUCACCUGGAGACACCUUACGCCAACUGGGAGAGAGUUUGAAGGAGAAGAAGAAUAUCUGGAGAUUCUUGGCAUCACCAGGGAGCAGUCAGGCAAAUAUGAGUGCAAAGCUGCCAAUGAAGUCUCCUCGGCGGAUGUCAGACAAGUGAAGGUCACCGUGAACUAUCCUCCCACUAUCACAGAAUCCAAGAGCAAUGAAGCCACCACAGGGAGGAAAGCUUCACUCAAAUGUGAGGCCUCGGCAGUGCCUGCUCCUGACUUUGAGUGGUACCGGGAUGACACCAGGAUAAACAGCGCUAAUGGCCUUGAGAUUAAGAGCACGGAGGGCCAGUCCUCCCUGACGGUGACCAACGUCACUGAGGAGCACUAUGGCAACUAUACCUGCGUGGCUGCCAACAAUCUGGGGGUCACCAAUGCCAGCCUAGUCCUUUUCAAGCGUGUUUCACCCACAAUCCCCCAUCCCAUUCAAGAAAUUGGCACCACCGUGCACUUCAAGCAAAAAGGGCCUGGGUCGGUGAGAGGAAUAAAUGGAUCCAUCAGUCUGGCCGUACCACUGUGGCUGCUGGCAGCGUCUCUGCUCUGCCUUCUCAGCAAAUGUUAAUAGAAUAAAAAUUUAAAAAUAAUUUAAAAAAACACACAAAAAUGCGUCACACAGGAUACAGAGAGAGAGAGAGAGCAAGAUGGGGGGAGACUGUUUAUUUUACAGCUUUGUGUGUUUAUAAAUGAAGGGGGAAAUAAGAAAACAAAGAAGAAAAUAACUUAAAACCAUUUUAAAAUCCAUCAAUAAAAACUAAACUAUAAGUCAGGGUGGGAAAAGUUCUACAAGGAUACGUGUAUAGCGAAGCAAAUGUAUACUACAUAAAGACUACAUCAUGCUAAGAACACCUGGAUGUUGUAAAAAUAAGACCAGUAAAGAAGUAUCAGAUGGAUAUUAACCCCCCACACACACUUUAUCCUUCCUUCAUUCUUUUUCAUCUGUGGGGAAAGAAAAAAAUAAGGUCUUGCCUUUGAUGUUUAUAUUUCCAUCAUCUUUUUAUUUCGUUCUUCAUUUGAGCUGACUCAUAGCCAUUUCAGACUAUCAGUGGAAUUCACGCUGGAAUCCCAUGUUGAGCCUUUACCUGGCUUUCCUGCCUCCACUAUCUUUCCAACUUUUAAGACCAUCUCUUGCCCCUCCAGUGUGUUCUAUCUCCCCCACAUCCAACCCAGAGACUCCCUUUCACCCCUCUUCCCCCCCUGGCUGCUGCUUCUCUUCACCCCCUACUACACCCUCCAGCACUAGUCAUGCCGCAAAUGCUAGGAAGUGCCAUUUUAAUUUUCUCCACUGUGUGCGCGUGCUCAAGUCUCUCGCUCUCACGUGGGUGUACAUGUGUGUGAGCGUGUGUGUGUGUCUCUCUCUAAAGCAUGCCAAGGGAACGGUCCAUGUGUACAUAGACUCAUUGUGCUGUAGAUACUGUCCCGCAUUGUAAUCGUGAGAUGCGGCUGUGACAAGUUGCUGGGGGACAUGGUGGGGAAGGAGGCAUGGAGCAGGGCUCCCCACCCUCCCCCAUGGCUGUCACAUGACAUUAGUGUGUAUCAACACCAAGCUGUGCCCCUUCUAAGGGCAGAACCUCAUAUUCCUCCUAGUCCAAUCAUCAGAACCCAGUCAAGAGUCACUCAGAAUAUCACUGUAAAUGAAAGUGCCUACUAUUGAUGGGGUGAGCAAACAGUAGAAAGAAUCAGUGACGUCAAUGAGGUGACCUAGGAGAGAUUUCUGAUUUCACUCUUGUUUCCUGAGUCUGAGGAAUUCAUGUAUUUCCUGGCUUUUUGCAGGCUCGCUGCAGGAGUGAGUAGCAUGUGUUGAGUAAAUCCCAAGAACCAGGAAGGUCUCCAAGUGUUAACUCAUGAAAGGAUGAUGAGCCACAUGGAGAUCCAAAGCAGCCCUGUAAUGCCCCUUCCCUGAUCUUCAAAUAACACUGCAUUUGGCCCAUGGAUUCCCUUGAGCAGAGAUUGUUUCCUAUUUCAGAUAAAACCUAGGGAGAGUGAGCAAGGCAGGAAAAAUAGACAGAUGCACAGGUCCCUACUCAUCUUGCAGAGAUGUUGGCAGAACUCUAGACAAAGCAUUGACCAUAGCAAGAAGGAAUUCAUUCCUUGUGCUCCUUUGCAGAUAUUUGUUCUGGUGUUGUAAGCUAAUACUUUAUUUGGUGGCCUGCACGAUCUCUUUUUUGCUCCACUGGUAAUGUUUGCAGCACCAUUGUUGUAGUGGUCCGUCAUUAUCCUAGGCCAGGCUGCUGGAAUAUAUUCCACCUUCCCUGCUCACUUUUGGCUUCUGAUUCCUGAAAAAGAUACUGUGGAGGAUACGAUGUCUAAGUUUACAUUGACAAGAGUCAUCUGAAAUAGGAGUUAGUUUCUUCAUCAAAAGAACUGGGAAACUUGUAAUAAUUUAGGUAGAAGUUGUAUGCAUACCACAAAGCUUGGUAUCGCGGCAACACCAGGAUUUUCUUAGGAAAGGUCUUGCAGAGAGAGCUGGCUCUCUGUCUGUAGAUAUCUUUGUCAGGAAAAUAACCAUUGCUUUCACUUAAACUAUAGGAGGUAUUGGAAGUGGUUUGGUUUAUGAAAAGACAGAGGAUUAUUAUUGAGGUCAUAAUUAAAUGUAUUUCAGAAGAGCCAAAUAUGGUACCUCCUCUAGUUUCAGAACCUGAAAAAUAGUUGUCAUCGAAUAUAAAACAGGAAACUUCCUAACUGCAAAUAGAAAAAGGAAGGAAGAGAGAAAGGAAGAGAGGAAGCGAAGGAAAAAGAGGAAAAGAGGGAAGGAAGGAACGAUGGAAGGACCUGAAAUUUCUGGUAGGAUUUAUUAAUUGAAGGCUCUUUGCAAUGAACCUUGUCUUUGAAGGUAAUGAUCUCUUUGAUAAGCAACAUUUAAAAUCUGUUCUAGGGGAUUCUAUUGUUCAUUUUGGAAAGCUUAUCACCAGUCUUCUUUUAUGAUUUUGCCGUUUAGACAUGAAACAGAAGGGCAAAUUGGGCUUGGGGAUGGAUAAGAGUAUUUGUGGCAGAUCCUCGCAUAGUACAGAAAUUCUUAUCCCAGAAAAUAGCUUCUAAAAUAUAGGGAAGGUGAGCCAUAUUCCUAUCCAGCAUCAAUGUAUUGACAAUCGGGGUUUCUCUAACAUUUUGGUCUUAGUACAGGAAUAAAAGUUUAUCAUCAUGGAUGAUAAGUGUUCCCCACAUAUUGAAAAGCCAGUCACAUCCUUAGGUGGAAGCUUUAGAGGAAUGCAUGUGAAUUUAAAGAUAUAUAAGAAAAGAAAAGUAGCAGGAGUUAAUUUGGUUUAGUAUCAGUUUCAGGAACAGAUCCUUGUGGCAUGUGACAUAUCUUAAUCAUACACCUACAUUUUGUAUUGUCUCCACCCUAUCAUAACGACAAGGUCUUGAUUUUAUGGAAGGAGAUUCUCCACUGAAAGGAAUGUCUUCCUUGUCAGCACCAUUUGUUCCCUGAGUUUUAAUAUACUGGACCAUAUAUUAAACAUAAUUAAACAUACAUUGAAUAUU